AUGAGUGCGUUAGGUGCAUUCUUCUGCUGUGUCGUCAUUUAUCUGACGUUGAAAAACGCUAAAAAUCGCGCACUACGAGCUUAUGCAUUUAUGAUGGUGGGCAAUGCUAUUGUUGAUCUGAUACUAGCCAUCAAUACUUUGAUGACUUUACCGGUAGGCUUUCCAAGCUGAUUUGUAAAGAUGAGCUAGGGUAGAAUAGGGUGGGGUAGGGUAGGGUAGGAUAGAGUAGUGUAGGGUAGGGUAGGGUAGGGCGGGGUAGGGUAGGGUAGGGUAGGGUAGGGUAGGGUAGGGUAGGGUAGGGUAGGGCAGGGUAGGCAAACUCAAAAAUUAAAAAAAAUUGAAUUUUUAAAAUUUAAAUUUUUUACCAAAAAUCUUUUCAGACAGCCUGUUUUGGCCCUCAAGUAGUGUUCAUGCUUGUUGACAACCCCAUCUUCCCGACGGCCCCAGGCUGGACUACCUUUGCUGUUGGUACCCAUCUUUUUUUCAUGUUCUUGGGUGUAGCCAUGCUGCCAUUACAAUUCGUAUAUCGUUACGGAGUGAUGAGGGGACAACCUUUCACCCCAUGGCAACUGUUGGCCAUGUUCUCAGUGUCACUUAUGAUGGGUGGAAUUCACGGUGGUUUAUGUCCUUUCACCUUUUCUUGGCCAUCGCCCGAAUGGGACGCGGUUUUGCAUCAAUCGAUGGGAGAUCCAAAUCAGGAAUUGCCUGGAUAUUUGGCUGGAGAUAUUGUAAGUUCUUAUUGUUUCCGAUAGCCUGAACUUUAAAUGAGACUGCACUUAAGCUUAAAAUUUAGUUUUAAAAAUUUUAGCGUGCAGUUCAGCUUGAUUUGAGCUUGGGCUGAGACUUGAAUUUAAAAUUAAGCGUGAGUUUGAGCCUGAGCUUGAGUCUGACCUUGGGCCGAAGCUUUUGCUUUCAUCUGAGCGUGAGUUUGAGUCAAAGUUUGAGUUUGAGGUUAAGCCUGAGCUUGAGUUUGAGCCUAAGCUUGAACUUGAGUUUGAGCUUGAGCUUGAGCUCAAGCUAAUUAUUGGGCAGUUUUACUUGGUUUUUAAUCAAAUUUUGCAGGUUGUAAAGUAACAAACUAUAUAAUUCAAAAUUAAGUGGAUAUUAGAGUAAUUAAAAUUAAAAAAAAAUUUAAUUUUAAAACUGCUUUCUAGAACGCUGAACUUUAAACUUACGUGCUUUAGCUUUAAAACUGUAAAAGCGUUGCAAAUAGUUUAAAAUACGGAUUUAACUUUUAUUACACUUCAUACCUAAAUUUACACUUUUCUAAAAAAAAUUCCAAAUAAAAAAGUUACAGUAAUUUUUACAACUUUAAUAUGUACUAUGUAAAGUUGUAAAAAGAUAGCUAUUACACUGUAACCUAUAAGAGCAAAGUUUUACUGUAGUAAAAUUUUAUAUGACACUUUUGACUAGCAACUCUGUAACACAUGCGAUCAAUCCUUUACUGUAGUAAACAUAGAUAUGAUAUUUACAAUGGCAACACUGUAACACAUGUGAUCAAACUUUUACUGUAGUAAACAUAGAUAUGAUAUUUACAAUGGCAGCACUGUAACACAUGUGAUCAAACUUUUACUGUAGUAAACAUUGAGAGAGAUACAUGACAUUUACGUUAGAAAUUCGUAAAGGUUACAGUAUUACACUUACUAUAAAUUUUACACUUAUAUGCUCAAAUUUUCCCAUUUUGUUAUCUAAAAUUACACUGUUACUAUACAUAGAGUAUAACCGUAAAAAUCCCAAACAAAUAUAAAGUAUGCCAUAAAUAUCCCAUUUACACUGUAAUACUUUCAGCACGAAUUUGGAAUCAUGGCUAUGCACUUUUGCAAUGUUUUUGUCAUCAUGUCCUUCAGUUAUACGGUCAUCAUACUUAUGAUUUAUUUGUCAAAACAAACCGUAACUCUGGCAAAGAAUGACAAGAUCACAAAACAAACACAAGCUGUUCAGAAGCAGGUUACAAGGAUCAUCUAUUUUCAAGUAAGUACCCUAGCUCAAGCCCAGAGCUCUAGUAGCCCAGAGACCUAGUUCAAAGCCCUAGUUCAAAGCUCCAGCCCAGAGCUUUAGCCCAGAGCCCUAACUAUAGCCUUGGCUCAGCUUUUCAAUAUCAAACUUUCAGGCCUUCUACCCAGUAUUUGUUGUUGGAAUGCCAUGUGUGUUGUUCACUAUCUUCGUUGUUCAAGGCAAACAAGUACCAUACAUUGGUGAAUGGGCUGUGUCAACGAUGCAUACUCCACCAUUAUUCAACUCUUUAUCAGUCAUUUUAUGUGUCCCAAGCUAUCGCAAGUUCGUGGUUCAUCCUUUCAAAACUACUCGUUCUGACUCUAGCUCAUCGAGGAUUCGAUCUCUUAUUUAA